UUGGCGGGCGUCUCUAUAGCCUGUACGUAGACAAGGAUCACAGGACAAAUCCCUUUUGUUGGUAAUAUAUCUGAAUGCCGUCCCCGCAAAAUGUGACGUAAUGUGAAGAUAUCGAGCUUCUGGAUUGCAUUUGGAGGUCUGAAAUGCAUUUGGAGGUUUGUAGAUUUCCCACUUUGGAAGUUGGUCUUCUUGCUUUAGAAAACGUCACUAUGUCCGCGCAUAAGGCGGUGCACUCCAAGGCGGCCGUUACAACUGUAAGGUGCGUAAGGGGCUGGCUUAAAUUUUGAGACUUGAAUAGCGAUGUGAAAGUGUUGAAGGCGCUCUAAAUCCUGAACACCCGUCAGACGUGGAUGCAUGACUUGUUUUUGGAUUACAAAGUAUUCGCGAAUCCCCUUCUCUGGUUCUGAGUGACAAAAACUGGCAGUUGAAAUUGGGAAGAAAAAGAAUGAUCGACGCAACAAAUUCAUCUCCAAGCUAUCUUCUCAUAAAUAUGUCAACCAAAUUACUGCUUUAUGUUUUGCUUCUGUCAGUCCUCAGUGCGUGUUCCCAGACAAUCGAAUACGAAGAGGAGUAUGAGGAUGUUACUGUGAACCAAAUGCUGGCCCCCAAGACUCAAGAGACGGACGCCACGCAAAUAUUGAAUAACUUACUGAAGGAGUAUGACAAGAAACUGCGACCAGACAUUGGGAUCAAACCGACGGUGAUAGACGUGGACAUAUACGUGAACAGCAUCGGCCCAGUCUCAUCCAUAAACAUGGAAUAUCAAAUCGACAUCAUUUUUGCCCAGACGUGGACGGACAGUCGCCUCAGAUAUAACAGCACCAUGAAAAUAUUGACUCUGAACAGCAACAUGGUGGGACUUAUCUGGGUACCCGACACCAUCUUCAGAAAUUCGAAGAACGCAGACGCUCAUUGGAUUACAACUCCCAAUCAGCUGCUCCGCAUCUGGAACGACGGGAAAAUCCUCUACACGUUGAGGUUGACCAUCAACGCCGAAUGCCAGCUGCAGCUUCACAACUUCCCGAUGGACGAGCAUUCCUGCCCCCUCAUCUUCUCGAGCUACGGAUACCCGCGCGACGAGAUGAUUUACAAGUGGCGGAAGAACUCUGUGGAGGCGGCGGACCAGAAAUCCUGGAGGCUUUACCAGUUUGACUUCAUGGGCUUACGGAACACGUCGGACAUCGUCAGAACAUCAGCAGGAGACUACGUGGUGAUGACCGUGUAUUUUGACCUGAGCAGGCGAAUGGGCUACUUCACCAUCCAGACCUACAUACCAUGUAUCCUGACAGUAGUGCUGUCCUGGGUGUCCUUCUGGAUCAAAAAGGACGCCACCCCAGCCCGAACCGCUCUGGAAGAGCAUGUCGGUGAAGGUAUAACGACCGUGCUGACCAUGACCACACUCAGCACAGUGGCCAGGACCUCACUGCCCAGGGUCUCCUAUGUCACUGCCAUGGACCUGUUUGUGACCGUCUGCUUCUUGUUCGUCUUCGCCGCCCUAAUGGAGUACGCCACCCUCAACUACUACUCCUACAGCGCGCGCAAGCCUACCUGCACCAAGACCAGGAGAGCGAACUACUCUGUGCUGGACGUGGCACCGUCCCCGACGGUCAUCACGCUGAACAACGCCAUGUACUGGCAGGAGUUCGAGGAGGCGUGCCUCUACGAGUGCCUGGAUGGCAAGGAUUGCCAGAGCUUCUUUUGCUGCUACGAGGAGUGUAAGGGUGGCGCCUGGCGGAGGGGCCGAGUGCACAUAGACAUCCUGGAAUUGGACGCCUACUCGCGCGUCUUCUUCCCCACUUCGUUCCUGCUCUUCAAUGUCGUUUACUGGGUGGGUUAUCUCUACCUCUAGCAGGCUUUGCCCAAGAGGACUGGGACGCAGGUUCCCUCCAAACCAAGGAGUGAUGAGGAGGCGCGAACUGGUGGGAAAGGGAGGGAGACACAAACAAAAAUCACUCUUGGGUAACACGACUUUCUUACAAAGACUGCGGUUCAGUGAUGCCUGACAUCGGUACUCCUUCGGAACUGACCAGCUGGGUAACUAGCCUUCCCGUAUUCGAUCAGGAAGUGCUAUCCAUGAGCAGGCUGGUAAAUCCUGGUGGUUCCUACCAAGAAUACCUGUCAUGCACUUUGAGGUACCAGGAAAAUGCACAGUCACAUGACCAACACUCGUACGCUUUCCUCUAAGAAGAUAUUAAAGAGGGGGCAAGGUGAUUACUCAAACAAAGGUCCUCUACUUGCCAUCUUUUCUGGAACUGUCUACACAUUCUCAACAGAGCAGAACACCGACUCGUAGCGACAUUAACUCUACAUGGAAAAUCUCUGUCAUUCGAAAUCAGUCAAAACCGGCGUGUCAGUCAUAGGAGGGACAUUCUGAAACAUCCUCAGUGCCUUCUUCAGGAGGGGUAGCCAUCUGCUGAAGCAGAGGAGGAACCUUAAAGAAAGUAACAGGGCCAGUUUUGACUGAUCAUUCAAGCUGAUUGCCAGCAGAUUUGUUCCACACAUUGCCUGCCCAUCUGUUUUUGUGCAGAGUUUCUAAUUUUCUCUUAUUGCCUACUAAAUUAUUUAGUAGCAAACCCUAACACUGCACAAAGGAUUUCCUUGAAGGGGGGGGGGCAGGUAUGGGGAAAUAGACUUGUGGAAUUGACAUUGUCUUCAAACGAGAAGAAAAUGUUGGUGUGUCGAGUGCAAAACACCUAUGUUUAGAUUUGAACUUUUCCAAAGCAAGCUACUUAACAUCGUUAGCUUCUUCUAAGCAUUUCAAAACGUGUGUACAGCUGAAUUAGAAUGAUGGAGACUUGCAUGGUGCAGUAAGGAAUACAGAGGCGAAUUGCACUGCCUCGUGUCUUUUCAGAGACUGGAUUUAGUGACACUCAGUUUCUUUGGAAGCAAACGCCUUUAGAUCGCAAUCCCUUAAGCUAAUGAUCACAGAACUGUGCUUUGCAAUCUACAGAUUAUUAUGUCAUGGCAGGGAGAAGCCAGACACUGGCCAGCUGAUCAGCGUUCACUCUUCUGGUGCAAGCGGCAAAGGUGUCCAAGGGAUAUCACUGGGAGACUUCAGGGUGUUGACGUGCAAUUAGCAAUCUAGUCUCUUGGGUUGAGAAGUGCUACUUGCUAGAACAGAGGUCAUCAGCUAUUUUUCCCCAAGGUCCAAAUUCCAUCAUCAACACCAAGCCAAGCUCCAUUGCCCCAGAUGAACAUUUCCCAGGACCCCCCCCUUGGUAGAUUUCGCUGGCUGGGAUGUGGUUGGUGGGCUGCUAAUUGAGCACCCCUGUGCUUGAAUGAGAGAUGAGGCUUUGAUGCCAAUAGUUGGGAGGGUUAUCCUACAUUUUUAAACGCCGUCUGGUUAAAACCAACAGGAACCGCUAAAGCGACCCAUGGGAAGCAAUCAGGUGUAAUAAUCACACCCACUGCCAGCUUGGUUUCGAGUGAAGCUACUACUCCUAACCAUCUCCUUUCAUACAUCUCUUAAUGAGCACAAGAACCAUCCAAUCGAGUCGGGGGUCCCUGUCUCCUCGUGGAACCAGUUUCCCGAUCAUGUAAUCCAUUCUUUCGAGCCUCAUUUGCUUGUAGCCAGUCACCCUGCUGACCUUGCUCAUGAAGAUUGCUCUAGUUAGAUGUAAAUGGGAGAAACAUUGCCUUAGGGUUUGCCUGCACAGGACAUAAGAAAUUACACUGUAUUAGUCAGAAAUAAUUACCUCUAAGCAUUCAAUUCACCAAAGGAGUCACUGUGCAGAAGACAAGAUGUUCAGCAUAAGGUAAGGUUAUUCACUGGGUUAAAGCGUUGCUGGAAUUUUUGACGCUGCAUAGCAGUUUCCUUGCUGACAGUGCAUAGCCAUUCCCAUACAGAACUCCAGAAAAAAUGGUCAGAACAUUUAUAGUACGCGGGUCACUGGAUAUGUAGCAGCAGAGAAGAAAUCAGUCUGCGGAAUCAAGCCUGACAGAUUCAUUUUCCCUCCUCUUUCCCUGCGCCCCCACGGCUGGGUUCAGGCAGGCCUGUUGUUUAUGAUGACUUUCAGGGGAACAUGUCGCUUCUCUUCAGCUUUAUCUUCGUGAUCCCUGGCUGCUAUACUGAGAUGGUUUUGGAUUUGAGGGGACGUGCGAGAAGCUGAUUCCUCCCUAGUAUAUCAGCAGGUCUGUUUGUUUUUCAUUCUAACACACACCAGUCUGUGGUUUUGCUAGUGACUUAAUGGUUUUUUGUCCAGUUCAGGGAGAAGGUGCAGCACCUCAGCAUGUGUGUGUCGUGUGUGUCCGAUUACCAGGCUUCCACCAGCUCAAUCACCUAUCUUGAAUUAUUGUCAUCUGGAAAAUCUCAUUUCAGCCCACCCGGUAGGGCUGACUCCUAAAUGUCACUCACAGUGCGAGGCUGAAGCCACCGGAAAAGUCGACUGUUCCUUAAGACAGAAGUGGGGUCCGGAACGUAGGUGUCACCAUCCCAUCUAACAUCCAACAUCAAGCGCUGCCACAGAUACAACAGCCAAUCACGUUGCCCGGGUUAACUUCUCUGCACUCUUGUGCAAUUAAUCUCCACGGGUUCUCGGAACUCAACGCCGUAUGGAGAAGUGAAAUUGUAAUGUACGGCUCUUUCAACAAAGGCAUCUCGCAACUUCUAGAGAAACCGUCUGGAGCAUAAUUAGCAGAGACAAAGUGAAGAUGAGUCUGAGAGGGUAGCUGACAAAACGAGAAUUGUGUAAAUGCAAAUGACGUCUCUCAAGGCGCUGCCACCAUAAUCUAUUACACUCCUGUUUCAGCAGGAUGAUGGGUGUCGUCUCAAGUUUGGCACAGUGGCCUCAGUAACCUGGGGUUUAACCCGUUUUAGUGGCAGAUGAAUUUAGAGUUUUUCUUGGACUUAGCUUUUUAUCAAAUGUGCCAGUGAGUUUGUUUGAAGGUUAUUUUGUGUUUGUAAGUUUGAGAGUUUGGACAGUUGCUGAGAAAGUCUAGGUCAUUUUAUCGCUGCCUAGAGUUCUGGCCGGGAGUCAUGGUAACAACGAUGAUGACUAACGAUUUACCAGUUUAAGAUCGGCUUUGUCAGACUAUGUGGACAAAUCUCCUAGCUGUACUCGGUUUUUAGGUUUUGGUGUCCAGUGCCAGUGAUUGUGACUUUCCGGUGUUCUCACGCGGCUGAAAAAGAGCUACAACAGUUCAACAAUUAAAAUAAUCCGGACUGUCAGACCAAAGAAAUAAAGUUGGAACCAGCAACAACAAUUUUACUUACUCAGAAAUAAUAUUUCAAGAGUAAGAACUUCAUGGAGACAGUUUGCCUGAUCAUUUCAUGAUUAAAUCGCCAGAAGGUCACUCGUUAUGCCGAAUGACCUUGAGCAUCUCGGACCUCCUCAAACACGCUAGAUGGGAAGAUCUGAGGCCACAAAUGUGAGCAGCAAGCUCUCUACUCCGGCUCGCACUCUCCUACACACUAGGCCUGCUCGAUGUGCUCUCUGCAGUUUGCGAAGGUCAGAGCCUCAAACGGUGCAUUAAAAUGAGCCGUCCUCUCAGUGCGCCUUCAGUGUUUACUCUCUAUGACAUUCACACGCCAGGUCUUAGGGGCUCGGAUCCCAGGUCGGGGGCCUCUUUUUCUGUCGCAAUCUUCUCCUCACGGCCUCCGCUGUAACCACUAGGGGGCGUAAGGGUGUAACUCAGUGUGCAAGCCAGUCAUGUUUACACUUGGUAAUAUAGAGGUAGCCUCCACGUUCUAAGGGUACACCCAGCUGGAUUACGUAGUUUCAAGUGCAGUUCUAGUGUCAUGAACACAAAACUGGUAUUUCUCCCAGAUUUUUCUUUUCUUUUUCCACAAGAACACAAAGAAGUUGACCAUUGGAUAACUGGUACACCUUUACAGGUCAAACGACUAUGUCUGUACCAUGUUUUCUUAAAGUGCGUCUGUUAAAGGCAGUUACCCGUUCGUUGUUCUCAAACGAUACUGUGCUGUAUUGUUAUUGGGGUGUUUUAUUUAUUGUACAACAUCUUAAAUACAGAAGAAGGAUUUUGGCUAUUUAUGAUUUAUCUCUGUUUGCCUUUUUGUUUUUAAAGACGCUGUUCUUUUACAUUUGCAAAUGUACAUUUUAGAGGUAUUAACGGAAUACAUGAAAAUGUGCACUCUUUAUUUCCCAUAUAUCAUUGCGAUCAUGAUUUUGCACUUUAGAUAUGUCUUAGUUAAACGUACCUACAAUAAAUUAAACUAUUUUAUAAGUGAGAUUAAGGGAUUACUAUUAUAAUAUAUGAGUAAGGAUUAAGGUGAAGCAGUUUUGUUAUAUCAGACAUGGAAAUAAAUGUUUUUAACUAUAUGUACGUUUUUUGAUCUAUUAAAGAAAAUCUUGUUUCUGUAA